AUGAUGCCGAAAGCCUUCAGGUUCGGCGAUGAUCAGUGGGAUCCAACACAUCGUUUCGAGACGUCAUGGCUGCUACCGCCAUACCUUCUAUUCGCCUGCAGAGCAUUCAUAUCUCUGUACGCCUUCGUCACACUCUUUUUCACGAUAGGAUACCAAUGCGCCCACCCGUCUGAGGGCUCGGCGUACGCCUGCCAGGCCUCGGCGGCGUCCUUCUCCUACUUCACCGUGCUCACGUACUGGGGCAUCGCCUUCUACUUCCUCUUCGCCUCCAUCCACACCUUCUCGUACGCGCGCUGGGGCGUCGCGCUCCUCGACAGGUGGCCGCGCCCCCUGCAGGCCCUGCACGCCUUCUACUACACCACCAUCACGACGUACCCCUUCCUCGUGACCAUCGUCUACUGGGGCAUCCUGUACACGUACGGCGCGGCCUGGUUCCCGACGCAGUACGCCGCCUGGAGCAACCUGUCGCAGCACGGCUUCAACUCGCUGUUCGCGCUGUUCGAGAUCGUGCUCACGCGCACCAACCCGUCGCCCUGGAUCCACAUCCUGUGGGCCAUCGUCGUGCUGGCCCUGUACCUGGCCCUGGCCUACGUGACGCGCGCCACCAAGGGCUUCUAUGUCUACAGCUUCCUUGACCCCACCGUCACCCGCCACGGCCUGGUUGCCGCCUACGUCUUCGGCAUCGCCAUCGCCAUCUGCAUUAUCUUCGCCAUCGUCCACGGCGCCGUCUGGGCCCGCCGCUGGCUGACCGAGAGAAAGCUGGGCAUGGAGGGCAAGAUGGCCGCCGGCGCUCACAGCACGACGAGCAGCUGGAGGGACGAGCAGGAGCUUGAGAUGGGCAACCACGCUUACGCCUCUCAUAAAUAA